AUGGAUACGGAUGUUCUUCAGAACAUCGACUUGUUUCCGGUAACCAACACAAAGGCUAUCGACUCAUUGCUUGAUAACUCAUCCAACUGUCUACGACAACUCUCAUCCAUCUCAUUCUGGGACAACUUUGACAACCCAACUGGUGUCGACAAGACUGCUCAAACACCAACAACAACCACAGUUGAUCUGGCCAAGACCUCACCCAAAAAGUCACCCAAGCCCGUCAAGAAGAGCUUGAAGCGAGCUCACACACCUGAUCACAAGCGCUCCAAGCUCAGUCAAGACUCAGCCCUCGACUGCUGUGACUACUGGCUGCGCUUCGACAGUGACGACGACAGCCUGGAGAGACUUGGUGACUUUGACAACCAAGGCUCGACAGAUCGCAGAUUCUCCUUCCAACAACCAACGUCAAGGUUAGGACGUGUCGGAAACGCCGGCAGCUUCAAGCUGGACUUUCCUUCGAGGACAGACGAUUGGCUUGAGGACAGCGCUUUGGAACACGCCCUGUCUAGCGAGGAGGACUCACUCUCAAUGGCUCUCGACGACGACUUUGCUCAGCGCGAUGUCGCGCAGACACAGGACGUCGCCCCUGAGAGACUGUACUCUACUCCCCUGAGCUGGGAUGCACCUCAGCCUGGUGUCAACACUGAAUCAUACUUCAACAUCAACCCUACAUUCAACGACCCGGAACGACAGAGGCUCCUUGCCAUUGCUAUGGGUUCUGGCCUCACUCAAUUGCCAGCCGAAUCCCGAAACUCGGCCAUGGAAUUCACCUUUGACAUGCAGCACCCAAGCCCAUCUGCAACAAGCGAUACAACCAGCAACCCUCCCGAGCCAAAGCGCAGGGCAUCUUUCGCCGUCACCAACUCGGCCAAGACAUCGAGAUCGAACUCGAGGUCCGGUCUCAUCACCCCGAAUGAGCCCAAUGAGUCUGCUGUCAAGAAGGAGAAGCCCCGCAACAGCGACCGUGCAGCCCACAAUGACAUUGAGCGCAAGUACCGCACAAACUUGAAGGAUAGAAUUGCCGAUCUGCGCGAGGCCAUCCCAUCUCUGCGGUCGAUUCCCGAGGACUUUGAUGACGAUGGCUCCCCAGUGCCUGUAUCAAGAGCGCCCAAGGUCAGCAAGGGCACCAUUUUGACCAAAGCUACCGAAUACAUUCACCAACUAGAGAGACGCAACCGAAGCAUGUCUCACAAGAACGAGGAGCUUCUCCGCAGAUUACAGGCCUUCGAGCAGCUGCUCGGUGCCACUCCCGCGCCCGCCACAUGGCAACCACAGGGCUACGGCGCUGCCGUCUUCAACCCAGCAGCAAGGUUCUCUGCCUAA